CGGGCGCGUCCUUUGUCUAACACAAGGAAAAUAUUGCUAAAAUAUCUUUUAGAAAACGACCCAGUGACACAAAAAAGUAUUUUUCUUUGGAAGGACAAGAAAUACAUCAAAGAUGUACAUAUUGUUACUUCUACCACUAUUCGUGGUAGCAACAGCCCAAGACCAUGAAAACCAAGGAGACCUGGAUUCUUUAAUUCAUUAUUAUAACCAAUACACUACGCCGCCACAGCCCGGCGAUGACAGCGAUACGACUACUGAAAAUAACCUUGGAGUUGAGAAGCGUGAUGUUAAACAAGAAGCAACAUUUGUAUAUAUGCCCAAAAAUGACUCCUGCAGGACUGUUAAUAAUGAACAAGGCAAAUGCGUGUUUUACAACCUUUGUAACGGAAUCGACGUUGUCUCAAAAGAUGAAGCUGGUAUGAUCGAGCUCAGUAUCCGCAGAACUUUAUGCUCUUCGUAUCUUAAGGUCUGCUGCCCGCUGUCCGAUCUACGAUCUCCUGAGAAUCUCAUCAUACCCCGUGCAAUCACGGACUCCAAGAAAAACGAGAGUGGACAGAUGCCUAAUUCUGAGGCUCGUCGCCCUGGCUGUGGCUGGCGCAACCCUGAUGGGGUUGGAAUGAAGACCAUCGGUGGUACCAAUGGUGAAGCUAACUACGGAGAGUUCCCUUGGGUGGUUACCGUUUAUAGCCAAGGUGGCCCAGAGGCCAUCCUCUACAAAGGAGUAGGCUCGCUCAUCCACUCAAGCGUAGUUUUAACAGCAGCGCACAUACUACCAAACGAAGAACUACCGCGUUUGCUCGUGCGCGCUGGUAACUGGGACUUGUACACCGAUAAGGAGAUAUAUCCGCAUCAGGACAGAGAUGUGGAAUCGAGAGUCAUUCACAAGGAUUUUAAUAAGGGCAGUUUGUUCUAUGACAUCGCCUUGCUGUUUCUGUCGAAACCCAUGGAUCUAGCACCGAAUGUUGGGAUUGCAUGUCUGCCUCUACCGCGCGAACGCGUUGCGGGGGGCACACAAUGCUUCUCGUCGUGGUGGCCCAGGGAACCUGUUAUGGGUGCCUCAAUUCUGAUGAAGGCGGAAGUGCGGGUCGUCGAUCGCAACAGCUGUCGAAACGACCUUCGAAAGACGCGACUGGGAGAAAUAUUCGAGUUGCACACUUCUUUCAUGUGCACAAGGAAUGAUAACGAUAGUUGUUUGGGUGUUGUUGGGGGCGCGCCGCUGGUCUGUCCCAUUGAGUUUGAAGAUGGCCGCUACAUGCAAAGCGGGAUCGUAGCUUGGGAUGUUGGCUGUGAGGGGAACAUGGUAUAUGUAGACGUAUCCAACUUACGGGACUGGAUCGAUGACAAGGUCAAGGGGAGAGGGUACAGCACCCGAGAAUACUCAUUUAAUAUUUAAAUAGAUUUAACUAGAGAUGGCAAUAACGACUACUUGUGAAAUAAUGAAUGUUAGUUCGAUCCAUAAAACGGAUUAUUAUUUGGAGACAAAAUACCUGCACUUGUACACUUUUUUAUUGUCAGUUAAGAAUAUUAUCACUGUAACGACUUAUUUUAUCUCAUUUAGAUGUCCUUAGUUUUGACCCAAUCUAAAAUAUUGUCGUAUUUGUUAUCUGCACAGCAGUCUCUCUCUAGAAACCAAAAUAUUGCCGAAGAACAAAACGAUAACGCCCGCUAUUACCACCCGACCCUGUUGCCUUGGCACUCGCAAUUAGACGAAACCUCUGUUUGUCUUUAGCUUUGUUUUAGUAGCUAUGUUAUUUUUCAAAUACUGUUAUUACAUAUCCUGUUAUUCUGUUCUUAUGUCGUUUUGCAUAUAACAUGAUUAGUGAUAGUGAGUGAAUAUUGUGUAACCUGUUAUGGUUGAAACAACAUUUUUACUAGCACUAAAAGGUUAGUUAGAAGAAAUACCCUUUCGGGAUAAGCUCGCCUUAACACUAACGUUUUAAAUUACUUGUAGUUUGUUUUGUUGUAUAAUAUGUGUUACGUACAUACUGAUACUAAUGUACAAGAAUAGAGAAGGCUAUUUGACAGUUCUUCAGAAAACAAAUCGAUGCCUUACUUUCUCAAAUUCGUAUUUUAUAAAGAGUGAUUAUUCAGGAGACGGUAAAACUUUCUAUUUAUUUUAAAUUU